AUGAAGUUUGCAAGGCUUUUUCCAAAGUCUCAAAAGAUUAAAAUGUACAGAGUAGUUUGGACACGUUCUCUUUCGGGCUCCCUUUUUUUUUGUCUCCUAAUGAAAUGGAGAAAACACACCAAUCCGAUCAACCAGCACCAAAUUGUCUGUUUACUUAGUCCAGUGCAGAGUACAUUUGCAGCUGAAUGCAAAGAUGUCCUUGGUUUGAGGCUCUGCUACGUUGGUACAACCCCCUAUUGCAAGCCCAUUCAAGGGCUCGUGGGAAAUUUUGCCCGGCAUAUGGGGAAGGAAAAGGGAGCUGGCGAUACUGUGCCUCCGAGUCCCGCAAAAUCUACGCGAACUGAGGCUGCAUGGUGUCGUUCACCGCAUGCAUUGCAGAAACAAGAAAUAGUCUCCGGGAAGGACAAAGAGCGCACAAAGAGCUGGUUAUCUCUCAUCUUCCCACGUGUGUUUUCUGUGCAACAAAUGCAGAAAGCCAAAGCCAUGUGCGCGCACGCAUAUCCUGAGACGCAAGGUGAUGCAGAGAUAUGUCGUGCGUUGUUGUUUCACGGAUUUGAAGCGAGGAUCGAGGUUUCUCGCUUGUUUUUUCCUUUCUGGAUUCCUUGUUUUCUUUCUUAUAAUCUUAUUCUCUUUCUCUUCUCUGCAUGUCUUUGUUCUGUGUUGGUUUCCUGGAGCAGUUGGGUCAUUUCACAACUGUGACAAAGACAUUAUCGUCACGAUAUUCUUCCAUAGAUUUUAAUCAGACUCCUAGAACAGAGAGGAGCAGUUGGCCCAG